GCGGGACGACCUAGGUAGAGGCAGGGUAGGACAGGAGCAGGUAUAUAAGGCAGGGAGAGGCGAGGGAGAGGCAGUGGAGGAGGGAGAGCGUUGGCAAACACACACACAGGGACAACAUUGUCGCUACCACUCGCUAUGAAGGUGUUGGCAAUCCUCGUGGUGAUCGUGGGGGGUACCAUGGCCGCUCCUGCCAAAUUGGACGGCUUGGACCACCACCAGCAUCACAGCCACCACCACGAUCAUGACGAUCACCACCACAACCACCCCAGCGACCCUCUGGCGAACCUCCUUCCUUCAAGCUCAAACUUCGGAGGCUACGACUACACCCCGCCAAAGGUUCCAUCAGGACUUUAUGAACUUCCCUCUGAUAAGGUCGAAGUUACGUCCACCACCACCACUACCACCACUACCACCACCACCACGCCUCCCCCACCUCCCCCGCCCCCUGUGAACUCCUACCUGCCACCUCCCGUUGAAGAGCAGCCGUCUGACACCGUGGUUGUGGAAAAGAUCGUGCCCUCAGUGGAGACCACCACCAUGAUGCUGAUGCCCUACAACAUUGACUGGGCAGUGCAGGACCCCGACAGUGGCGCCUCCUUCAGCCACGUGGAGAACAGUGACGGGAAGGACGUGACAGGCCAGUAUUCGGUGCUGCUGCCCGACAACCGUCUUCAGAUCGUCCGCUUCACCGCUGACCCCGUCAACGGCUACCAGGCUGAGGUGUCCUACGAGCCCGCUAAAUAAGAGCGCCGGCACGUACGUCACGCCUCAACGAAAUGCACGAUUACGCUUGAUAUUCUAUUGUUGUAUAGUCCCCAUGCCCGCGUUCUUUCCUAUUUCUGUUUGUGAACGUCUCAUUGAUCCUCCCGCUCGCGCUGUCCUGCGUGCGCGGCUCUCGGAGCGGCAAUGCGGCAGUGCUGAGCGUGGCGCCUCACAGCCAGUGUGCGGGUUCCCUCCACAGCCCAUGCAGCGUGCCGGGCGGAGGGACGCUCACCACCCGCCUGCUGGUGACCUCGGGCCGGUGGGCUGGCUCGCCCUCAGGACAGGGUUGCCAGACGCACCAAAGAAAGCCACCAAUUUGUCCAAUUUCAUUAUAUCGGCAGCUUAUCGGCAACCUUAAGGGCAAUAAUUGCACCUUGUUACCGCAACGGAGAAUCCUCCUCGCACAGGUGAAGUAACACUCCCUUACCUGGCGCUCAACAUUUCGUAUUAUAUAUAUAUAUAUAUAUAUAUAUAUAUAUAUAUAUAUAUAUAUAUAUAUAUAUAUAUAUAUAUAUAUAUAUAUAUAUAUAUAUAUAUAUAUAUAUAUAUACACACACACACACACACACACACACACACACACACACACACACACACACACACACUGCUGCACAUGCCGUUGGCCCGAGCAGCACCACACGCGUGCCUGGCGUGGUGGACCCCUGCACCAAGAGCGACUCGCCUCCUCCAUGAUGAAUGGCUCGGAGGGAGCCCCGCCCCACCUACCCGACGUCCGCCCAUCCGUCCUCUCCACAUGCCACCCGCGCCCCCAACUCUACGCCACGCUCCCUCACCCCUACACGCCAUCCCCAUUUCACCCUCCCUCAUCCUCACCCCUACUGCACACACAGAUGCAGUCUAAAUGUUCUGUAACGAUGAGGGAGGAAGACCAAACGAACCACGAACACAGUGACAUCUUCCACGACGUUGUAAAACUGUAAAGACUAGCUAGACUAAGACUGUACAGGAACGAAAGAGAUGGAUUUAAGUUA